AUGGCGUCCAUCAGAGCCAAUUGCCGCAAGGUCAUGUGCAUCGGUCGUAACUAUGCCGAUCAUAUCACCGAAUUGAACAAUACCGCACCCAAGCAGCCAUUUUUCUUCCUUAAGCCCGCUUCCGCCAUUCUCGCCCCUGGUGCCGGUCCCGUUCUCCGUCCCAAGGGCGUUAGCCUACACUAUGAAGUAGAAUUGGGUCUUGUGAUUGGCAAGACCAUUCGGGAUCUAGAUCCCUCAGAUGAGAAAGGCGCACUGGACUCCAUUCAAAGCUACAUCCUCGCCAUUGAUAUGACAGCUCGCAACGUUCAAGACGAGGCUAAGAAGAAGGGUCUCCCCUGGUCCAUUGCCAAAGGCUUUGACACUUUCCUGCCCAUUUCGCAAGAAAUCCCCAAGUCGCGCAUCCCCAACCCCCACGAUGCUUUCUUGCGCCUUCAUGUUGGUGAGGUCGAGCGCCAGGCUGACUCUACCAGCUUGAUGCUGCACAAUAUUCCUAAGCAAUUGGCACAAAUCUCGCGUGUCAUGACUCUUGAGAAGGGUGAUAUUGUCCUUACUGGUACACCCAAGGGUGUUGGUGAGGUUAAGGCUGGUGAUGUUAUGCGCGCCUCUAUUGAGGUUGGUGGCAAGGAGAUCGAAGAGGGUCGCAUUGAAGUCGAGGUGAAGGACCGUGAAGGUCUUUACGAGUUCAAGGAGACCUAA